AAAAAAUACAGAAAUGGACCACUAGUCCAUCCCCCAUAAUGUUUUUCAGAAAAUUCCAAAAUUCUGACAAUGUUUUCCAGGACUUAGAACAUCACCUCACACUAAUUAAAUCCUGCACUUCCCUUCAUUUCCCCCCCUCGCUAAGCCCAGCUUUCCAUAAGCUAUUCCUCACAGAUACCCACAAAGAGAAGUAGAGAGAGAGAGAGAGAGAGAGAGAACUCUGCCUUAACAAUACAGUGAGAGUUGCUAGAAAUGGCAGUGAACAUAUCAUAUGAUCAGGCAGAUGAUGACUUCAUUGACAUGGAAGUUAGCUCAUACUCCAACUUUCUGUGUCACCCCAGAAGCUCUACUCCACAAGCAAGAGAGUUUGAGUUUCAAAUGUCUUCAAUUUCACUUGAUAUAGAUACCACAACUUCUCCUGCUGAUGAGCUCUUUUACAAAGGAAAGCUACUUCCACUUCACCUCCCUCCUCGUCUGCAAAUGGUUGAAAAGCUCCUGGAAUACUCCAACUCUCCCUUUGAUUGCAGGAAAGAUACCUUUGAAGAAUUCUUUAGCCCCCAAUUAAUGACCACUGCAACAACACCAACUACAACCAGUACCCCAUUUGAAUCCUGCAAUAUCUCACCUUCUGAAUCUUGUCGAGUUAGUCGAGAGCUAAAUCCUGGAGAUUUCUUUUUUGAGUACUCAAAUGAAGAAAGUGAUUUCGUUGGUGAAAUCAGAAAGAAGUCUUGGACCAAAAAGCUUAAGCAAAUCAAGCAAUCCUCGCUUAGUUCAAAGUUGAAGGCUUCCAGGGCUUAUCUCAAAUCUUUCUUCGGUAAAUCUGGCUGCUCAGAUGAUUCCUGUACAGCAGCAUCAAGAGUUGCAGACGAAGGAAUUGUUUCUAAAGCCAACAAAGAGUCUCUGAACAAAUUGGAGAAGGCAUCAAGAAAAGUCCCUUUUGGACAAAUUCAGAAGGAAAAAUCCCAAAUACCAACAACUUGUGUCCGCAAUGUUAACAAACAGAAGAUCAGUACUGAUGAUGGAAACAGUCGCCUUCACAGGAGAUCAUUCUCCAUGGCUAUCAAACGUCAUUCUACAAACAAGUCUUCAUCAUCUUCAUCAUCAUCUGGCUCUUCAUCAUCUUCAGGCUCAACAAAUACAAAUGACUUUUAUGGGCUGCCAUUUCUAAAGAGAUGCAGCAGUGUAAAUUUAGAGGUUGAGAAUCCAAUUCAAGAAGCAAUUGCACAUUGCAAGCAGUCUCAGCAGUCGAUAUUCCCAAGAAAGACAGCAACAGAAGUUGGGUUUUACUCAUUGUCAACUUCCAAAAUUGCUAUUUGUGAAGAGCAAGAAAAAACUGAACUUUGCAGAGGCUGAACUUCAAUAAACAGUAAAAAAAAAAAGAAAGAAAAAGAAAAGAAAAAAAAAAGCAGAACAGUAAUUAGAUUGGCUUUUCAUAUGCUUUUUUUUCCCUCUUCCAUUAAUUUGAUAUUGUGCAUCCUUUUGCUCAGGGCAUGGGUUAGAGCUUUUAAUGCCAGUAUUUACCUGUUAGAUCAGAAAAUUCUGUGGAAGUUCAUUAAAAUUUCCAGCAAAGUCCCCUCUUCUCCAGAUCCCUCUUCUCCAGACUAAGGCAUAAUGAGUGCUAGAAUCUGAGAAUUUGAAUGCUUGUAACGAGUACUAGAACCAAACUGAAAUCGGCUCGGUUAGUAAUGAUAAGCUAUUCGAUUAUUUGGUUUUGCCGGUUCAGUUCCUCUGAAUGCUCAACCCUAUUAGAAUGGAAUGAAUACUUUCUAACAAGAAAUUUAUGAAGUUCAAAUCAACAAGCAUUCAAAUUCUCAGAUACUUGAUGGGUAGAAGUCAUUUUACAAGGCAAGAAAGUGGCAGAA